CAAUUGCCUUGUCCUACGAUUGGUGCCACCAUGCCUGGCAUUCUUUCACACUGACUGCGCCUCCCUAUGUUACUGACAAUAGUCCGUCUUGACUUUUGUCCUUCUGAUGGUUUCUCACCAUCCCGAACUUUCAUGACUGGACCCUGUCUGUAUCCCUCGUUGAGCCAACAUGUCCAGAUCUCGCUCUCCUCAUCUAGAAAUUCCCAGGAAAAGCGUUGAGCUUGAAGACCCCGGUGCCCAUGAACUCUCCUCUGAUGGCGAGGAAUAUUUCUCAGACGCCUCGGAAGGCCGAAGAAGAUCGAGACCUGCAACACCAGCCUCUCCUAUCCCAAGAACCCGAAUAGAAAAGCUUGAUGAUGAACCCAGCUAUGGCGAGGUCCCAGGAACUCCAGCCUACGACAAAAGAGCUCAAGAUGCUGUACCCGAUGAGGUUGAAAUUGUCUCACCCCAUCACCUGAGCAAGCGGUCAUCCCAAUACCUUGAACCUCCUACCACCCCCGGUGGCAGUGUCAUUCCCCUCACUGUGGUGGAAAAGAUCGACCCCGAAGAGACCAGCUACGGUGAAGAGCCAGGUACCGCGGCAUACAUUCAAAGACAAAUGGAUGCUGCGCCAGAUGUUGUCUUGAAAAGCCCUCAGCCUGGAAAACGCCUGCUCUAUGGGGAUGGCAACGAUGCACACGUGCAUCACCGCUCAUCUUCCAACUUUUCCAUCCCAGAGACCAUCAUCACUCCAGUAGACGGUGCGCCCACUCAUGGGGAUGUCUUCGGCACGGCACCUCAUCAGAAAAGAGCGUUGGACGCCUCACCAGACAUUCGAGAGCCUCCAAUUGAACCAGCGACAUCUACAUCCACCUCAUCACCUAAACAUACAAGACGGAAAUCUUCAGUCCACAAUUCUCAUGAUACAAGUCAAGACAGACAAGACGAUGACGACGACAACGAUGGAAAUGACUUUGGCGACGAUUUUGAUGACUUUGAAGAAGGUGCACAAGCGGGGGCUGAUGAUGACUUUGGCGACUUCGGUCAAGAGUUCCAGAAACCUGAUACUGAAGCUGAAACUGCUGAUGAUGAUCUCCACAUCUCACCGCCUGUAUCUACUUCACACUCCAAUUCAAUACCGACUAAAACAUUUCCCCUGAUAGAUGUCGAGACUUUAUCCUCAGCUCCAGAUCUUCCCGCCGCCACCCAGACACACUUCGACGCCAUGUUUCCGUCGUCAACAACUCAUCAUUUGUCUUCUCUCUCACCUCCAGAACCAAUCCCUGAUUCUUCCCCAAUAUUUCCGUCAGACAGAUCACGUUCCCUAUGGAAACAACUCAUAACACCACCACCUCUGCAACCACCAAACUGGACUCAAUCUCGUAUUCGACGACUGUUCCUGGUCAGUCUAGGUGUCCCUGUUGACCUGGACGAAAUCCUUCCUCCUUCGAAACAGAAGAAGUUAGUCCUUCCUGACAUCAACCUCGAACCUUCUCGGAAGUCUGAGUCAGACAAAGCUUUGGGAUCUGUAGCCAGAUUGAAGGCUGAGGCUGCAAAUGAUUCAACAGGCUCUGUGGAUAGUACACAAUCCGCCACCAAGGACCGUGCCGGAAGAUCGAAGCGACCCAAGGGCCCCCCGGCACCUCCAGAUCUAGACCUUGUAGCAGUCAAAAGGUUAUGUGCCACAACCGAUGAGAAGCUAGAAGGUUUUACAGAGGAGGAACUACAAGCCCAUGUGAAGGAAUUGCAAGCGACUUCCGAAAAGACUUCGGACACACUUGAAUAUUGGCUCAAGAAGAGAGACGGCCUGCGAAAAGAGAAAGAGGCAUUUGAAGGAGUGAUUGAAAAUCUAGUCAGGCACGCGAGGAGAGUGAGAAAAUAA